CCGCAAAAUCCUCGUCGUGCCUAUUCCACUCCCACAUCCACUUCACCGCCGACGCCUCGUCUACAACCUCGCCGCAGACCUCGUUCCACUUCCCUCCUCCGGCCACCACCGCCCACACGCCAUGGCCGCCACCUCCACCUCCCUCUCCCUCGCCGUCUCCCCUCUACCCCGCCCAAAACCCCAACCCCAAUUCCAGCCGCGGCACCUCGACCCCAAAUCUCCCAAACCCCUGCGCCUCAGCCUGGCGCCCGCGCUCUCCUGCGCCGCCGCGCCCCUCGCCGCCGCCCCCGACGGCUUCGCCAUAGACGACAUCGUCGAGAAGGACUGGUCCUUCCUGAACGCGUCGGGGUCGCAGCUCCCGCGCGCGCUCGCCGCGGCGGCGCUCUCGCCGGCGUCGCGGGUGCUGGCCGUGACGCCCACGGCGUCCUUCGUGAGCGCCCUCCUCUCCGAGUCCCCCUGCGAGCUCCUCGUCGCCGCGCACGAGUCGCUGUACGCGCUGGGCGGGAUCAAGGAGGAGCACGACCAGGUGCGGUGCUUCCAUCUGGAGGGCGGGGGAGCGGGCCAGGGGGGCGGCGUGGUGGAGGCCGUGCCCGGGAGGUUCGACGCCUUCGACGUCGUCUUCGUCUGCUACUUCCCCGGGAUGGGGGUCACGGCCGACGCGCUGCUCAAGUCGCUAGCCAAGAGGUGCUGCAAAGGUGCAAGAGUUGUCAUCUUCUUGGAACAAGGGAGGCAGAACUUGGCGGAACACCGUAGAGAGCAUCCAGACAUCGUGUUCUCUGACUUGCCUAGUCGGUCUUCACUGGAGAAAGCUGCUUCAGGGAGCAAGUAUGAAAUAGUGGAGUUUGUCGAUGAGUCGGCGCUAUAUCUUGCUCUUUUGCAAUUCCAAGGAUGAAACCCUCUUUUGUAAGACAGAUUCUUUGGACUGGUUUAUCAGCUCCUUGUUUGUAAAUGUGCAAGGAGUCAUUAUCAUGUUGUGGAA